ACAGUAGAAGUCCAAUUAUUGUGCCACCGAUUUUCUUGGAACUUGCGAAGUUCUUGUCUGAACCUAUCAUCCAACUUCUGUUGAGUAUCAUUAUUAGGGAAAUUUUCAAACCAUGACUUCAGUUGUGCUGCCAGUUCUUUAUAAUUCGAAAAAAUCAUUCCAUUUUCGUUAUGUUUAACAAGCUCUGGUAAACUGUAAAAUAAAAGCAUUGAUAACGAUCAUUUAUGUACUGAACCUUUAUGCUACAAAAUAUCACAAUGAGACUGUCAUUUCUGGAGAACUUAAAGUGUAACAACUAAUAUCAUAAAAGAAAAAAAUCCACUUACCAUUUGAAAUUAUAUGCACAAACUGGCAGUUCACAUCCAAACAUAUCAACAACUUUCAUUGGUAAAUCCAAACCACUGGAUGAAGUGUGGAGACAAAUCCCUAAAUCUGCGCUAGCUACAUACACACAAUACACGUUUUAUGUAUAUAUCUCACUUAAAAAAAUGAUUCAAUUAUAAACGAAAAAAAAUCAGUAUUUUUUUACCUAACAUUUUAGGAUAAUCUUCACUUUCAAGCCAUGGUGUUAGAACUGUAACAUGUUUCCACAUUUUUAAUGUUAUAAUUGCCAUAUAAAAUUCUUUCAAAUGUCCUUUACCAGUUAUGACACAAAUCAAAUUUGGGAGAUUAUAAAUAUGUUCUUCAACUGCAUAUUCAUAUUCUGAAAAAUAAGAAUAUGCCAAUUUUUUAAUACUUCUAGAUCCCUAUCAAAUAAUACAUUCCCUCCAUAUUUGUACAGUUAUACAGUGAGUUUAAUAUAUUAUGAAGUAACAUCAAAUAUACCUUGCAAUGCUUUCACUAAUAUAGAAAAAUCUUCAUCUUCCGUCCAACUUGUACUAGACACAAUAAAUCCAGGUCUUUUAAGUUUCAAACGAACCUCAUUUGAUAUGCAUUCUGUAAAUAUAGUAGAAUUUUCCUCUGGACCUUUAAAAAUGUCAUAUGUUUCGCUUAAUUUUAAUAAAAAUUCAUGUUUCUCUGUUAAUGAUAUACGCUGAAAUUUAGUUAUUGGACGAUCAUAUAAUACUUUAGCCCUAAACAAAAAAAAGUUAUUAAACAAAGUAUCUGAAAGCACACAGAUAUAACUGUAAAUACUAACUUGAUUCCCCACUUCAACUGUAAGUCUUCCUUUAACGCUCUCGAAACACAAAAAUUACUUUGAGCUUUAGAACCGAAAAACAUUUCAAUUGCCUUUGCAAAUUUUACUAAUAAAUGAUCGUUUCUCAAACUUAGUGCCAUGAUAGUAUGAGCAUAAUUAUGCCAGUCAACGAUAAGAUGACAAUCUAUUACGGUACAAUAAAACCAACAAACUGGAAUUGUUGGAAUCGCAGGUGGAUUUUGCAAUAAUACAUAUGUGGGCAUAGGUUUCUGAAAUAAAACCCAUAAAAGUGUAACCAUUUGCCACAACGUUUUUAUCACGUAACGCACGAGGCUAGGUAUAUCUGAAAUGAAAAAAUAUUUCGAUCUCAAAUAUAUUCUGUAAAGAUCCUGCUGUUUCGUGCAUCAAAUUUUUAAAUAUAAUUUAUUACAUAUAAUAUAAAUUUUUCAUGAAACUGAUAACAUACUGUUGUUUAUAUUCGGUGGUGGCAGGAGAUAGUAAAUACGUACUCGAGGGUUUUCUUGUAUUUCUUUUAAUAAGGAUGAACCAGAAUAACCUAUAAAGUCUACCAUAAAACCUUCUUCUAUCAAUGACAUUACAUGAUAUUGCAUUCUAGGACUUCUACCUAAAUCUCCGAGAACAACAACACAGACAUUUUUACGUAUUUUACAUUUCUUUAAGUAGAAUUUCCUCAUCACCAGUAAAACUAACAGUAGUAUAAAUAAUAAACAAAUCAUCCACAUUUUUAAUUGAAAUUACAAUUAAAAAUAUUACUGCUUAUAGUCACAAGCUGUAUUUUAUUUUUACAAACUUUUCAUAAACGAAACAGACUUCGUUGGCAAAUUUCUGAAUUCGAAUUCUACCAGAACGUUACACGUUGGAUAGUAUGCACGAACGCGUGGCGCUGCAUUCACAUUACAAUAUGGAGACAUAAAUGUUGUACAAUGUUUAUCGUAAUGUCUUUCAAGUGGCAAGCGUCAAUAACAUAUUUGUUAUUUAUAUAUUUCCAUUUCGCUAAUUACAAAUCAAAUAUUCGUGAAUAUUAAUUUCCUUGAAAUAACUUUUUUUGCGUGUAAUAUUUCAAUGUAUUCUUCUGAUUAUGUUUUAUCUAGUUAUUUAAUUGUUAUUGUAUCUUAUUCGAAUAAAUAAAUAUUAUUACACUGAGUAUAUCAUUCCAUAAAUGUUCAAUUGUUCAGUAAACGGCUAAUGAAACGUAAAUUUAUUUUAAAAAUACAUUUUUAUAUGUCUUUUAAUGUUCCUUGUACAUGACUUCCAGAUAGAUUUUUUUAGUUUAGAUGAAAAAAAUAUUAUAUAUUUAAAAAUGACAUCAAUUAAUGAGAAACCAAUGAUUGAAAGUAACGUUUGUUUUCUUUCUUGCCAAGGAAAUGCUCAUGUUCCACGACGGUUACUUGAAGUAAAUAAAUUAUUAAACUUAAUCAAUAGAAAAUUGGAAGACUGUGCCCUCGAAUGGCAAGCUGAAAUUUCUCGUAAACAAUGGAAAAUAUUCAAUUCUCAUACCAUUGAAAAUAAUCUGUCUGAGAAGUCAUUAUUGGCAAGAACAUAUUUUAGUGAAAAGAAAUUCGAUAAAGCUUUUCAACAUGUACUUUUUUGCAAUCAAACUUUUACAAAAUAUUUAAAGGAUUUCAUUGCUCUCCUACAAGGCAAAGAAUCUGCUUUCAAUGAAAAAGAAAUUUAUGAUGGACCAAAUCAAGGUUACAGUAUAACAAAAAAUUGGAACACGUUAAAUGGUUCUAACAUUGAGUCAUUGUAUUUGCCUUUAUUGAGAAAUCAACAACUAAAUGGAAUGAGGAAACCUAAGAAUCCAGUUGACAAUACAUUAGAGGUUCAAAAUUCAUUUGCUGAUGUCAUUAAAGCUAAAGUUAAUUUUGAUACAAAAUUCUUAGGAUUUGAAGAUAUACUGCACAAAAUUAGUUCAUUGUCAACAUCAACCGAUACAACUUACAUCUGCCAAUAUUGUUCUAAACAAUUGAAAACAGCACAAACUGGACGUGAGAAUAUUAUUGGUACUCAAAAACAUCAUAUAAUUACAAAAACAAAACGUUUAACUAGAUCUGCGAAGCAAUUAUUUAAGAAAAAAGAAAUGAACAAGUCAUCUUUCACAAUCAAUGAAACUGAUAAUCAGUCAUCAUUCAAACUAAAUACAAGUUUCUGAUAAUUGAGCUGCAUUAUGUAAUACUCUUGUUUGUAGUCAAAUUUAUAUUAUUCUUUGAACACAAACAUCUUUAAAAUGUAAAUUUAAGACACAUUGUCAUCAAAGAAGAGGAUAAUUUUAAAACCCUGCAGGAGACACUAAAAUUUGUAAAAGUUUACAAUGUACAUUGACUUUUUAUGACAUAAUAUAUUAAUAAUGUAUUGAUAAAAUCUUACAGAACGAAAUAUUAUUUAUUAUAAUAUUUGUCGUUCUUCCAGGAUAGUCUCAUUACA